CAGAGAGAGCGAGAGGGGGCAGCUGAUUUCUCUCCCCCCAGUACUUCUCCCUUCCAGGUUUCCUGCCCUUUUCACUGGAGUCCUUUGCCGCGGAGGCAUCCCAGCACAGGGGUGGAUCCUCCUGCAGCUGCCAUGGCCAGCAGAAGAGAUUUGGACAGUGAGCAGGUGGUGCCCGAUGAGGAGGAUGAGGGACCAGAUGUGAAAGCCGUGCAGGCCCACUAUCUCCGCAGCCCCUCACCCAGCAGGUAUUCAGUGAUAUCGGACACUGAUACAGAGAGUAUCUUCAUGGAGCCAAUCCAUCUGUCAUCUGCUGUGGCUGCCAAACAAAUAAUCAAAGAAGAACUGAAGACAAAGGACGCCAGGGUAGAUUCAGUGUGUCCAGGAAUGUUAGAGUCUGCACAGCAGUUGAUGGUGGAAGACCUGUACAACCGAGUUAAGGAAAAGAUUGAUGACACCAGCUUGUUUAACACGCCGUGUGUGAUGGACUUGCAGAGGGCACUUGUAAAGGACAGGCUGGAGACCCCCAGGGAUGCUGUGGAUGAAGUCUGGCCUAAUGUCUUCAUAGCAGAAAAAAGUGUUGCAGUGAACAAAAGCCGUUUGAAGAGACUGGGGAUCACGCAUAUCUUGAAUGCAGCUCAUGGUACAGGUGUAUACACAGGACCAGAUUUCUACAACGGUCUGAAUAUCCAAUACCUGGGCAUUGAAGUGGAUGAUUUUCCAGAUAUGGAUAUCUCCAAACACUUCCGUCCAGCUGCAGAGUUCCUUGACGAAGCACUGUUGACUUACAGGGGCAAAAUCCUUGUCAGCAGUGAAAUGGGAAUCAGUCGCUCAGCUGUGCUGGUGGCUGCUUACCUGAUGAUCUACCACCAUAUGACCAUUCUGGAGGCUCUGAUGACUCUGAGACAGAAGCGUGCCAUUUACCCCAAUGAUGGCUUUCUGAAACAGCUAAGGGAGCUCAACGAGCAGUUGUUGGAGGAACGAGAGUCGGAGCGUACUGGAGAUGAAGAAGUCACUCCUAGUCAAAGUCCUGUUGUCCAUGCAGGGACCUCUUCCCGUCUGUCUGGAGUUGGGGACUCAGAAAGCAUCAUGGGAGCCAAAGCCCACUCCAUCACAGUAGAAGAGGAGGACACCAGCAGCCUGCUGGGUAGUUUUAUGAGCUCUUCAUCGGUGAGAAAAACUAGCUGGGUUUCCAAACACUCCACCCUCAUCAGUGAGGAGGAAGAAGAACAGUUGUAUGAGGAAUGGAGGAAGAAACAAGGCCUGCCAGCAAAGGAACCAGGAGUUAACCAUGAAAGAACAUCUCCAAAGCUUCUGGAUCAGGAAGGGGAACAAUCUGAGGAGAAUGUGGAAGAGAGGAUCCAUGACUGGCAGCGCAGAAAUGAGAAAUACCAAAUGGAAGGUCCACCCAGGGAGGAGGAUGGAGAUUGCAGCAUGGGAGGAAGACCUUACCCAUCAGGUGAAUUCAGUGAUGUUGAGAGUGUGAGCAGUUUUGAGAUCCGAACCCUAAAACAACAGCUGGAAGCCAGUAGCUUUAGCAGGAUGAGGAGGAGCCGCACAGGCUCUAUGUCUUCAGAGAGCACCUGGGACAUGUGGAACCAGAGGCUUCUGGAGAUUGAGAAGGAAGCUGCUCAGAGGUAUCGUUUUAAGAAGAAAAUUGUUGGGGAGAGACAAUCUCCAGAAACAGGAAGAAAGGAGAGGGAUGUGGAUGAGGAGAGCGUGUUUUCAGACAGUAGCUCCUUUUACAAUUUCUGCCAAAAGAACAAAGACAAGUUGACUCCUCUAGAAAGGUGGAAGGUCAAGAGGAUACAGUUUGGCUUUCACAAGAAGGAUUUAGAAUCAUCAUCAUCUUCUGCACCAUCUCCAGCAGAAGAUGGAAGCCAGGCAGACAGGGAGGGGACAGAAGCGAAGAGUUUGUCAGAUGUCAACCUGACUGCUUACCAGGCUUGGAAAAUGAAGCGGCAGAAGAAGGUGGGCAGUGAAAGCAAGGAGGAAUUUGUGGAGUUUGCCAAAAGUGAGGAUUCUGCUACAGCCAAAAAGAAGCAGAGGCGUGUAGAGCUCCUUGAACGUUCAAAGAAAAUUUUAGAAGAAAGCCAGUCCAUGUGCAGCUGGGAGACAGACAGUAUGAUGAGUGGGAGUAUCCCACUGUCAGCUUUCUGUCCCUCAGCACCUUCUGCAAGCGGUGCUGAGGAUGCAGCUUCUGCACUGAGCAUGCAGACAAAUCAUUCAUCUUUAUCACAGACCAGGAGCAGCACAGGGGCAAUGCAGCCUCAGAUGCCACGUAUACCCCCUCCCAAUCUCCCAGUUGGCCCAGGUGACACAAUAUCCAUGGCAAGCAUUCAGAACUGGAUCGCUAAUGUUGUCAGUGAAACUAUUGCUCAAAAGCAAAAUGAGAUUAUGAUGCUGUCCCACCCAUCGUCUGCAAUGGCCUCCAGCGUAAUGUCAGGUGACCUUGGCAGGCGUGUAGAUGAUGAUAAGGUUUCUCUUCUCAGUGCUCAGAGUGGCUUAUCUCUUGCUACCUCUCAGCUUCGCCAGCAGGACAUGCACAGGGCUGAAUCUCUAUCUGUCCUGUCUUGCAAUACCUCAGUGAGUGCAAGGACUGAAGGGACUAGUUCAAACAUGAAGACAACACAGACAAGCAAGCCGCUCUACAGCCUCUUUGCUGAUGAUGUUGACCUGAAGAAACUCAGGAGGAAGGAGAAGGAGAUGCAAAUGGAAAUGAGAGAGAAAAUGUCAGAUUAUCAAAUUGAAAAGGUGAUCUCAGACAAUAAACGCAGCACUUUAUUUAAAAAGAAGAUUACCAAAGGAGAGGAAAAUGAAACAGAAGAUGAUAGAGAGAGUACAACAAACAGCCACAGGCGCCUCUUGCAAGCAGAUCUUGACAGAACUGAUGCAGUCUUUGAUCUGUCCAGUCAACCUGCAAACACGGGUGCACUGAAGUCAGAGAUAGAGACUGAUAUUACCAAGUGGCUCAGUGGCCUGAAAGCAGAAAGAGAACCACCAUCAUAUUAUGAUCAAAGUGAGAAGGCUAGAGAGAAAUAUAGCAGAUCAUCCAAAGUUAGAGAGAUGGAUUCUGAAACAUCCAGUUACAGAUUCUCCAGAUCCCAAAGAGAAGAGCUAGACAGCUGUUCUUCCUAUGAGUCAAAUGGAGAUUCCCUGAGAACCAUGUCAAGAUUUUCCUCUGCUUCUGCAACAGAGGACAAAAAGAUGUAUAAGUUCACAAGGUCAAGGGUCAGUGAGACAACAAGUUCCAGAGAAAAGAGUCCAGAGCAGCAUGUUUUCAGACGAACACCUGAACCAUCCUUUGACUCUGAAUCCCCUGAACCAUCUACACAGAGUCGAGUUAGAUCUCAUCAUGUGGAGGCGUGUGAAGAGGAGGCCAGGUCAGACACGUCAGAAUUUGGAGCUAAGAGAAAGUUCACCCAGAGCUUUUCAAAGUCUGAAGAGGAUGGCAAGAAGGAGGCAAAAGUGGAACAAAGUGAAGAAAGAUUUGCAUCUAGACACUUCUCUCAGUACAGGCGAAGCAUGCGUAAGGAAGAGGAAGAAGAGAUGGAUGAUGAUGCCAUUAUCGCUGCUUGGAGAAGCCGACUAGAAGAAACUACAGCAAAGCUCCGGCGGAGACGGGAAGAGUGA